AUUGUGAUGAAAAGUAAGAGUUAUUUGUAAUUUGAAUUUUUGUGUACUGCAAAGUAUAGUGCUUAUAAUCACCUAAUUGAUUAACAACUAAAACUGAAGAAUGGCAUCAUCUAAUACAUUACAAAAAGCAAUUGACCUGGUAACAAAGGCAACUGAAGAAGAUAAGAAUAAAAAUUAUGAGGAAGCACUAAGACUCUAUGAACAUGGGGUGGAAUACUUCCUUCAUGCUGUAAAGUAUGAAGCGCAAGGUGAAAAAGCUAAAGAGAGCAUUCGAGCAAAAUGUUUACAAUAUCUGGAUAGAGCAGAGAAAUUGAAAGAAUAUCUGAAGAAAGACCGGAAGAAGAAGCCAGUUAAAGAUGGAGAGUCUAAGAGCGAAGAUAAGAAGAGUGAUAGCGAUAGUGACUCUGAUGAUCCAGAAAAAAAGAAACUGCAAGGGAAACUUGAGGGUGCCAUAGUUGUGGAAAAGCCACAUGUAAAAUGGAGUGAUGUUGCUGGCUUAGAAGGAGCAAAGGAAGCAUUGAAAGAAGCUGUUAUUUUACCCAUUAAAUUUCCCCACCUAUUCACAGGCAAAAGGAUACCUUGGAAAGGUAUUUUACUAUUUGGUCCACCUGGUACUGGUAAAUCAUAUUUAGCCAAAGCUGUUGCUACAGAAGCAAACAACUCUACAUUCUUCUCUGUUUCAUCAUCUGACCUUGUUUCCAAAUGGCUUGGUGAAUCAGAGAAAUUAGUGAGGAAUUUAUUUGAGCUUGCUCGACAACAUAAACCGAGCAUCAUUUUCAUAGAUGAAAUUGAUUCUCUUUGUUCUUCACGUUCUGACAAUGAGUCUGAGUCAGCUAGGAGGAUCAAGACAGAGUUUCUUGUUCAAAUGCAAGGUGUUGGCAAUGAUAUGGAUGGUAUAUUGGUACUUGGAGCUACGAAUAUACCUUGGGUCCUUGAUGCUGCUAUUAGAAGGCGUUUUGAGAAGCGUAUAUACAUCGCUCUACCAGAAGAACAUGCUCGUUUGGUUAUGUUUAAGUUGCAUCUCGGAAACACAAGACAUCAGUUGUCCGAGCAAGAUAUGAAGGUUUUAGCUACAAAGACAGAAGGUUAUUCGGGAGCUGAUAUAAGUAUUGUUGUUCGUGAUGCUCUGAUGCAACCAGUACGUAAAGUCCAAUCGGCCACUCACUUUAAGAAAAUUUCUGGACCAAGUCCAAUUGAUCCUAACGUGAUUGUUCAUGAUUUGCUGACUCCGUGUUCUCCUGGUGAUCCGGGGGCGAUGGAAAUGACAUGGAUGGAAGUACCGAGUGACAAGUUGGGUGAACCACCGGUGACAAUGUCUGAUAUGUUGAGAUCUCUUGCUACUUCUAAACCUACUGUCAAUGAUGAUGACAUGAUCAAACUUAAGAAGUUCAUGGAAGAUUUUGGUCAAGAGGGCUAAAUGAAUUAGUUCAUAUACAUUUUUGUUGUGAUUAAAUACAUGAUUCACUAUUUCAUGAUCUUAGAGUUAGACCAUGGGUCUCCAAAGCCUGUCAGUGAUAAUAAAAUGCACAGGCUAAAAAAUGAAACCUGAAUUUGAACUAGAUCUU